AUGGGAGUUUCAACAAUCGCAAAAAUUGUUAAAGAAACUUGUGAAGUUAUCUGGGAAGUAUUACAACCAAGUGAAAUGCCUGUUCCAUCAAUUCAGGAUUGGUUAGAUAUUGCUGAAGGAUUUUAUACCAAAACCCAAUUCCCCAAUUUGGUCGGUGCUGUUGAUGGGAAACAUGUGAGAUUAGAGUGUCCUAAAAGUAGUGGAACUCAAUAUUUCAAUUAUAAGCAGUUUUUUUCAUUAAUUCUUCUUGGUAUAUGUGAUUCUAACUAUUGCUUCACAAUUAUUGAUGUUGGAUCGUUUGGGAAAGAAAGUGAUUGCAAUAUUUUCAAACAAUCAGCAUUUGGUAAGAAACUCUACUCUGGUCAAGUUAAUUUCCCUCCAGACACAUGUUUACCAAAUGAUACAGAACGUGUACCACAGCCUUGCCCAUAUGUCAUAGUUGGUGACGAAGCGUUUGCUUUAAACAAACAUUUGUUAAGACCCUUUCCAGGAAAAAGUUUGAAUAAUGAAAGACGUAUAUUUAACUAUCGCUUGUCCAGAGCAAGACAACAUAUUGAGUGUACAUUUGGAAUUCUGUCCAAUAAAUGGAGAGUUUUUCAUACCCCAAUUUUAGCUUCUCCCAAUGUUGCUAUAGCUAUAACAAAAGCAGCCUGUGUGUUACACAAUUUUGUUCGCCGCAGGGAUGGAUAUAUUACAGAGGAUUCUAUGAGUUGUAGAAUGGAAGAAGAAUCAGAAAGAAGAGGAGUAGGAAAUGCUUCUACAAAUGCAAAAGAGUUGAGGGAAUAUUUUGUAAAAUAUUUUAAUACUCCUGAAAAUGCCUUAAGUUGGCAAAACAAAGUAUUGGCCAUGUGA